UCUGACGGAAGAGGAGUGGGCCAGCCUGAAGUAGCGUCAAAGUAGUGAAAGUGAUCCGUUUUUAUAUUAUCGACUAUAUAUGGGGUUUUUUUUAGUUUGCGUAAUUAUUUCUUUCACACCCUUUGGUUUUUACGCACAGGGGCCGACGCACUGCACGUACACGUCUGCAGAAAAGUAUUUAUUAUGAUUAUUCCAUAAAGUCACUUUCUGAAUGAUGUUGACUGGAGAUUACCAACAUCACUGUGCGCUCCUUUUAUUGAAGCACUUUUGGACUGCUGAUAUUUCGUGUCACCUGAGACAGAUUUCACUUCCUUGGUUUUAGGAGUUACUGCGUUUUGCGCUCCGACAACAGCUACGGGUUAUUUAUUUGGCGAAUGGGAUUUUUUUCUGGUGUCGCUCAGAUGUUAAAGGACCUCUGGCAGCUCCUCACUCACCUGUUAUUGGCUUAAUUUCCACAGUUUUGUCUGCAAACAGGUAUGUGUGUGUGUGUUUACCAGCUCUAAUGGUAGCAGCUCAAAAACAACACCAGUAAGAGGAUCAAACCGCCUCACCAUGACAGAGGUCCAGACUCCAUGGCCUCAGGGCACAGAGUGUGUGGCCAGGUACAACUUCAAAGGUACAUCCGAACAGGACCUACCGUUUAACAAGGGAGAUCUGUUGACGAUCAUUGUGGUCACUAAGGAUCCAAACUGGUACAAAGCUAAAAAUGCUGCUGGUCAGGAGGGGACAAUUCCAGCAAAUUAUGUUCAGAAAAGGGAAGGUGUGAAGACAGGAGGCAAACUGAGUCUAAUGCCAUGGUUUCAUGGGAAGAUAACGCGGGAUCAGGCCGAGCAGUUGCUUGACCCCCCAGAGACAGGCCUGUUUUUAGUGCGAGAAAGCACCAACUUUCCCGGUGACUACACCCUGUGUGUGAGCUGUGAUGGCAAGGUGGAGCAUUACCGCAUCAUCUACCACAACGGAAAACUCACUAUUGACGAGGAGGGCUACUUUGAAAACCUCAUGCAGCUGGUUGAGCACUACACCAAAGAUGCUGAUGGCCUGUGCACCAGACUAAUCAAGCCAAAGCUGGAAGAGGGGACAGUGGCUGCUCAGGAUGAGUUUUCCAAAGGUGGCUGGUCGAUGAACAGAAAGGACCUCAAGCUACAGAAAGUUAUUGGAAAAGGAGAGUUUGGAGAUGUUAUGGUGGGAGACUACAGAGGGACUAAAGUAGCUGUGAAAUGCAUAAAAAAUGAUGCAACUGCACAGGCUUUUAUUGCAGAGGCCUCUGUGAUGACGCAACUACGGCAUGAUAAUCUGGUGCAACUGCUUGGAGUGAUUGUAGAAGAGAAUGGGAGUCUGUUUAUAGUUACUGAGUAUAUGGCCAAGGGCUGUUUGGUUGAUUACUUACGUUCCAGAGGCCGAACAGUACUAGGAGGAGAAGCUCUUCUCAAUUUUGCACUAGAUGUCUGUGAAGCUAUGGCAUACCUGGAGACCAACAACUUUGUCCAUCGAGAUUUAGCAGCACGUAAUGUUCUUGUGUCAGAAGACAACAUGGCAAAGGUCAGCGACUUUGGUCUGACCAAAGAGGCGUCUUCUACUCAGGAUACUGCAAAGCUACCAGUGAAGUGGACAGCACCGGAAGCACUCAGAGAAAAGAAAUUUUCCACUAAAUCAGACGUUUGGAGCUACGGUAUUUUGCUUUGGGAAAUUUACUCUUUUGGUCGAGUCCCAUACCCAAGAAUUCCAUUGAAAGAUGUAGUGCCUCGAGUGGAGAAAGGAUACAAAAUGGACUGCCCAGAUGGCUGUCCCGAAGUAGUGUAUAACAUCAUGAAACAGUGCUGGAACCUGGAUCCUGCUGCUCGCCCAAGCUUUCAGAUGUUGAAGGAGUGGCUACAACAUAUCAGCCAUGGCAUGGGAAAAAAAUAAUGAGAGAUCUGACAUACCAGAUAAAAAAAAAAUGACUGUCUUCUUUUAAUUUGCCCAUUUUGGACCAUAGUCUGGAUCAAAUGUUAGACCUUAAAGACUGUUAUUUUGCAUUUCUAAGACUGUUUGUUUCGUCAUGCGGUCCAAUAGCCAUCACUCCCCACUCUUUAAUUCAUGUUUCUCUUUGUCCUCAGGUUGUUAAACUGCUUUUAGUUAUUGUCUCAUUCAAAUAAGGCUGAGUUAUUGUUCACCAUGUCUUCUCAUGCUCUGUAAUCCAGAUUGAGUAUCAUAUUGGUGAUUUCCAGCGCCGCCUCAGACUAAAAGUGCCUUGUCUUAAAACCUGUUGAUAUUCUAAGUCAGUGGUAUCAUUUAAUGAGAUAUACAUUUCCAUACUUGUAGACAGUUACAUCAUUUGACUAAGUUGGCCUCUGAAAGACGCUUCAAAACUAAGAACACAGUUUGCCCACUGUUCCCGGUUUCCAGGUACAUUUUUUGCAUGAACUGUUGAAUGUUGAAUUAUUUUGUUAAGAGGAUUAAGUUAAUGACUGUAAUUAUGCAGCUUUAUUUUUUCAUUGUUAUAUAAUGGUAUAGUCUGUCUGCUUUCUUCCCUCUGUAAACAAAAAUGGGAGCACAAGUUUAGACAAAUG